AUGGAGAUGGAUCAGCAAGUGGGGGUUCAUGUGGGACUCACUCCUGGGUCUGAGGUGAUUGUGGCAGAAGGGGAAGGCUCUCCAAUAGAGUUGAAGUUGGAUCCGGCUGGGGUUAAGAGAAAUAAGUUUGUUGCCCAUCUGGGUUUACAUCAGAAAGAUAUUAAGGAAAAUUCAUCAGACAGGAGCUCAAAGCAAGUUUGGAAUAGGAUCACUGCAAUGAUCCGGGAGACUGUGGAAGUGAAAUGUGAGGUAAAUUUUCCUUUGGGUAGAGAGGAGGCUGACAUUGUGAGUAGGCUGGGUUUGCAGGAGUUGUCUCCAGCCUCAAUGUGUGUCAGGAGAGGUAGAUGGGCCAUGAAGAAGGUGCAGAGGGGGGAGAGGUGGAUGCCCCCUCAGAAUGAUUUUAUAAAUAUUAACACUGACGGAUUGUCUAGGGGUAACGCAGGCCCAGCUGGAGUUGGCGGUGUUGGCAAGAAUAGCAGGGGGGAGGUGGUUUUCCUCUUUUUGGUGCAUAAAGGGAGACAGUCUAACAACUAUAUGGAGGGACUGGUGCCUCUCUAUGCCCUUGAGCGUGCUUGGGAGUUGGGACAAAGGAAGGUGAUUUGUGAGUUGGAUUCACAGAUCAUGAUUAACCUAGUGACUGAGCAGAGGGUGUGUGGGAUUCAGUGGCAAUUGGCAAGGGUGGUUCAAUAG